AUCGCCGCCGUUGCCUACCGUCGACGCUAUACAGCCGAGUUUUCAAGCGAAACGUCCGCGUUGCCAUGUGACACAUUACACGCGCGUCUAGCCGUCGUCGUCGUCGUCGUCAGUACCAGUUACAGAUAUCUACGAAAUCACACACACACACACACACACACACAUACAUACGUCCAUCCGAAAUAUACAGUGUAGGUACGUGGCGCGCCGUUCGGGUACUCUCGUCGACGGCGAGUCUUUUCGACCGCCGCCGUCCCUAAACACACCGCAACGCAAUCGCGGUAAAUAUAGACAUUCGACAUUACGACGCGGUCGCGCGGACUACGCGACUACGACCAGCGGGAAAUUUGCAACACCGUGGACGCACAUCACUCGCCAGCUAUUAUCCGCUUAACUGAUCGACGUUCAAGCAUACACGCCGAACGCGUGGCCGGCACCAUUAUGGACGCUUGCUUUAGCGCCUUCGACAAGGACGGCGAUGGUUUUUUGAACAUUGAAGAGUUCGAUGGCAUCUGCAAAGGGCUCUUCCGCAACGACCGCGGAAUUGUGUACAGUCUUGAUGUCCACACCCUCAAACAUAUAUUUAACAUAUUCGAUACGAAAAAGGACGGUUUGAUCGAUCGACAAGAAUUUACUAUGUGUUGGAACAAGUGGAUUAAGACUAUUAUAAGACCCGUUAACAUAUUCCUCAUUAUCGACGUCCAAAACGAUUUCAUAUCCGGUUCAUUGAACAUUAGCAAUUGCUCUGCGCAACAGAAUGGAUUGGAGGUUAUCGAGCCCAUCAACCAUCUGUUGGACACUGUGAAUUUCGAUUCUGUAUUUUAUUCGUUCGACUGGCACCCAAUCGAUCACAUAUCGUUCAUCGAGAACUUGUCUUUGCGCCCACUAGACUCGUCGUCCCCGAUUAAAGCUAACAACGCACAGUUAUACGACACCGUGGUCUUCGAGGGAUCGCCGAAGAUAAAACAACGUUUGUGGCCAAAACACUGUGUCCAAGACUCGUGGGGUGCUCAGCUCUAUAAAGACUUAAAGGUGGUGGACAACGCAGUGAAAAUAUAUAAAGGAACGAUAUCGGACGUGGAUUCGUAUUCGGUGUUUUGGGACAACAAAAAAUUAACUCAGACCACAUUAGGCACACAGUUGGCUAAGUUGAACGCGACCGACAUUUACGUGUGCGGAUUGGCGUACGACGUUUGCGUCGGCGCGACCGCAGCGGAUGCGUUGUCCAUCGGAUACCGAACGAUAUUAAUCGAUGACUGUUGCCGUGGCGUCGAUUUGAACGACAUUGAAAAAACCAAAAACAAUGUUGUCAAAAAUCAUGGUGUCAUUGUUCAGUCAAACGAGAUAAAAACAAUGGUUGAAGGACGUGACAGGAGGCCUGAGCUGGGUUAUAAAUUGGCACUUGAAAUCGAAAAGUCUAUGGAGAAAGAAAACUACAAAUAGGAUCUAUUUUAUGAGUAGGUAAUUAUAAACUUAAAAUUAUAGUAAAAAAGUACCCUUCUAAUUGAAAACUAUGCGAUAAAUCUCAUCGGUAGUUCAGUCUUCGUCACAGUAUUCAAUUUGUUCUCAUUAUUUUUAGAUAUCAAUAGGUCUCUGGUGUAUAACUACUUACUUGGAAACAAAGUGUUGUAUUUAGUAAAUAAGCCACAUAAUAUUAUUUCCACAAUAAGUACUUAAUAUAUUAUAUAGAAAAAUAAUUUGUACAUGUGCACUGAGUAUAUUUAAUAAUUGUAUAAAAACUAAAUUUACAUUAGAAUAAUAAUUACAAUAAUUGCAUAUUAUGUUAAGUACCAAACAAACAUUCCAGCCUUACAUUUUAUACAAAUACCACAUUGUUAACUAUUAUUUUUAUUGUAAUUUUUUUUUUACACUUAAUUUAUUUUAAAAGUUAAUUUUGUUGAAGUUUUGUCUUAAGGCGAUUGGUAUGCUUCAAUAAAUUAGCAACAUUGUGUCUUAAAUUGUUGAGUUGCAACACCGACAUUCUGAUACUUUUACUAGUGUUGUUUUCAGUUAACAAAUCAAUAAUUAUGUGUUUUUCUAUUUUUGGUCCUUCACUGAAAUUAAUUAUAAAAUUAUUUCACAUAGCAUUAAAAAACAUGUUAGUUAUUACAGCUGAACCGUUAAAAAUGCAGUAAAUACAGCUUUCAUUGUGUAAGAUGAUUAACUAUCAAAUUUUUAACAUCACAUUUUUUGUUAAAAUAAAAUAUCCAUGUAAAAAAUCACUAAGUUAACUGUACAAAGAAAUGUAUAAUAAAUAUAAAUAUUGAUCAUAAAUUGAGAUUCAUUAAUAUAUAUCUAUCUUUGUAAAUUAUUUUUAAUAAGGGAUAAAUGUUAGAUAUACUUCUAUAAAAAAAAUUAUAAUUAAUAAAUGUAAAAAUUAUAAAAAAUAUAAAAAAUAAGCUAAUUAAUAAAA